UUUCAACUUUGCAACCUGCUUUCUCGGCUGGCUGGCUGGCUGGCACAAGACUCUUCUUUCAUACCACAGGAAUGCCUUAUAUCAAGAGACCAUCUGAUUGAAGAAUAAAAAUAAGAUUCUUUUUUUCUGAAAUUUCGUAAAAUAGUUUGCUUUCAAACUGAACAAUGGAACCGGUGAAGGAAGAUGAAGAAGUUUACAGCUGGAGAGAGAUGGAGCUACCAGCUUUGAAACCAAAGGUGCCAGAAGCAGAGCUAGAGAGGGAGACAGGAGAGAGAAGGAGAGGCAGAGACAUAUUGAUAGCCGUUGAUCAUGGUCCCAACAGUAAGCAUGCUUUUGAUUGGGCCCUCAUUCACCUCUGCAGGCUUGCUGACACCAUCCAUCUUGUUCAUGCAGUUUCAAGUGUGAAUAACGAGAUUGUUUAUGAGGCCAGCCAGGGGCUCAUGCAGAAGCUUGCUUUGGAGGCUGUUGAAGUUGCUAUGGUGAUGACUGAGGCUCGGAUUGUGCAAGGUGAAGCGGGCAAGGUAAUUUGCAAGGAAGCUGAAAGGAUAAAGCCUGCAGCUGUGGUUAUGGGUACCAGAGGCAGAAGCUUAAUGCAAAGUGUACUGCAGGGAAGUGUCAGUGAGUAUUGCUUCCACAAUUGUAAAUCUGCCCCUGUCGUAAUUGUUCCUGUGAAAAGGUACUACCAUCGAAAAACUGAAAUUUUCAUUGAGUAAUUCAAAGUUACAUUGCUGGGGUUAGUUACACAGAGUUCAUUAUUGUUUGGAUUGGCAGAAGCUGGUGAUGAAUCAUU